GGGAGCCCUGUGACUGCUAACCACCAUAGUGGAAAUACACCCCCCUUCUCCCAUCCUCCAUCCUCACUCACAGGCCGUGAAGGUGUUUUUCUUUUCUCAUGAAGUCAUUUCCAAACAGCGCCGAUGACUAAAGACAACAGAGCCUGUAAGUAGCUAAUUAGAUCUGCUUUCUUCUGCUGGUGCCUCGCGGGCUCGUUGUUUGCAUACAGCUGUAGUUAACGGCACCCAGAGGGAGCUAAAGCGAGCUAACGUGCUAGGCUAAUCUCCCCUGAUAACUGAACGCAGCAACAAGGAAGCUUCGCAACAAGUUUACUCUUUUUUGCAGAGAGCCGAAGUCGUUGACUCGUGACUAUAUAAAAGCGUGCGCUGCGUUAUGUAAAUAUACGCACGGCUUCAUAUGUUUUUUCGCAACUUAAAGCUAAUUAAUACGAAAAAUUCAACUCACCAUCUUGUUGCCUUCGCUCUUGGAGACGCCGCCGAGGGUUACUAAGGGAGGUGACGUCAGACGCAAAGGUACGCACAGAACACCAGAACGAAUGGGAGAGUAGAGAGGGACUGAGAUUUGGAUAAUUUUACCACGCUGUUCAACAUCUUUAUAGGGGAGGGUGGGUUUUUGACCUCAUGUUGUAGCUCAUAGAUACCACAAUUGAUGUAUAAAACUAAUUUUAAAUGAUCUUUUUUUGGUCUGAACACAAUUCUAAUAAAACUUAUGACAGACUAAAUUUACUUUCAAGAGUGAAAAAUGUUUUUUUUUGUAAAUAAAUGUCUAAUCCCUUCACCCAUGUGCCUCUAACCUUCACAGCCUCCAUGAAUUGAUGCCCAUCUCCGAAAUAUUUGGUCACAUGAUCAAUUUCUGUGACCAUUUCCAAGCAACAGGGGGUGGCUCAACUUACCCUUUGGGUCAACUUACCCCAUUCUCCCCUAUAUAAUAUUCUUGUUUACUUAUUGUUUAUACGUUUUGUUCUUGCUUUACAUGAAUUUGGAGGCCUGUGAAAUUCAAUGCAAAGCCUCCUCAUGUAAAUUAAUCUGUUAAAUAAUCACAUAUAUUUCCUCAUUACUGCAGCACUGUCUUUCACAAUGUUAGACUUUAUCAAUGAAAUGUUUAAUGUUGCCUUGCACAUAUUAGUACAGGACAAAUAAACAAAUCUCCAAUCUUAUGUUUUGUUUUGUUUUGUUUUGUUUUGGUAGGGGGUGGUAGCUCUGGCUCAUCCUCCUAGUGAUGGGCACGGCAGUUCUUUUAGAUGUACUGAAUCACUAGAAUCAGUUCACUAAAAAGAUUUGUUCUAAAGAUUCGUUCACCAAAUCACCAAAUCAUCUAGCGUUUGGCAGGAGAAGCAUGCAACUCUGACCUCCUGAACUGAUACAUAGCUGAACGGUUCAGGAUUCAGUUAAUGUCGGCUGCUCUACUGGCAAUGCUGUUUCUCACUUCAGCUCAAUUGGUUAAAAACGAAUGAAUCACUCGAGGAAGUAACGUUCACUUAAAAGAUUCGGUUCCUUUGAACGAAUCGUUCGUCAACGACACAACACUCCAUCCUCCAACACAGCAGGGGGCGGUAUUACACCUUCACGCAGGUUCCCAGGCACCGUAGUAUAACAGAAGAAGAAAUGCAGCUGUGUUUGGUUUGCUAUCCUACAUGCUCUAAAUGUUGGACACGUAUAGUCCUAUAAGAUGUUUAUUUUGACAGAGACACUUAAAAUUAUGAUACUAAAGGUCCAAUUUAUUAUCUACUUAUCAGACUGUUUACUCUCUCAUAUAUGGAACUAACUAGCUGUCUAGUUAGCACCACAGUAAACGCGGCAUAUUCUGGUUAUUUGGACGUUUAUAGGUCGGAGGAUUAGUUCCUCAGAGUCCGUGUUUGUUUGUUUUAAAUAUCGAAACAGAGUCAAGUUUGGUUUUCGCCGGUUUUCACGCAGGGAGCUGCCCCAACUCCUGAUUGGUCGACGGGCUGCCACGUGCACACAUCUUUACUAUCCCAUACGAGCACGUUUGAUUACCUGACAGGUUUCUUCAGUGUUGGACGGCUCGGGGAUCCUAAAACAAAGGUAUGUUUUCUGUUUUUGUCACUUCUAAGUGCCUCGUAUUGUCCGUGUUUCGGCUCGUUGUCUGUGUUUCUCUCUCUGCUGUAAUAAAGUCAAACCUCAGCUGUAACUCGAGUAAUGUUGCAUCAGUCUACUCCCCGGCUGACAUGUCUUCACUGUUUUCACUGCAGUUUUGGCUGCUCCUCUAGUCACAAAAACCCACUUUGUGCACACUUCAGGUCGGUGUCUUUGAUAGAGGAAGUGUUAUUCAACGUGUUUUCUGCACGCACAGGUUUGUGAGCUGCUGACUUGCACGUGUUUUCUGCUGAUCUCUCAAUGAUCCAGAUGUAUUCAGAUGUGUUUGAGCUGCUGAUCCAGUUUUUCAAGCCUGUAAUGAGGUUUUUUUUUCAAGUCCUUAAAAGUUCUCUGUUCUUACUCAAGUCUCAAAGCUUUCAGGUCGCCCUGCUCAUGCCUGUCCAAAUCACUCUUCUGUCUCUGUCUGCACCUGUUUCACCUGUUUUCAGGAUUAACAAACAUAUUUACAGAGUGGAAGAACUGCUUUUGUUUUGUGUAGUUUUGUCAAUAAGAAAGUCAAAACAAGUCCCAAAGAUAGUGUAAUGCGUGUAUUUCGUUUAUGUUCUCAAAAUCUAGACUACUUCACUGAUUGCAGUUUUUUUUACUGAUAAUGAGAGUGUAGAUUGGCCGAUAUAUGAUGUUGCCAAACCAUGCAAUUUAAAAAAAAUAUAUAUAUAUGUUUUUUUUUGCAUUUGACAAAAUGAAAAAAACUAACAAAUGAGAAAUAAAGUUACUGAACAUUUAAUUAAAUAAUGAAAGAUGGAAAAAUAUUGCCACAGGAGUUUUGGGUGUCUGUGCAGCCAUCUAUAAGUACUAAAAAGGAAAUACAAAUUCAAAGUAAAUAUUGCUAUAAAAACUUCAAAUUUCAUGUGUAAAUCCAUUGUUUUCACAGAUUAAAAUGAAAUAUUCAUGUUCUCUUAGUCAGUAAAAGAUUUUAAUGUAUUUAAUUUACUUUCUUUUAUUGUUUGAUUUUAAGACAGUUUUAUUUAAUUCACUUUUAACGCUUCAUCACCUUUAUUAUAUUUUAUCAUGGUUUUAUCGUUCUAGUCCUUUUUUAACCCAAGAUAGCGUUUCCUCAGUCAUCUGUGGCAAGUUCAACAGUCCUUACCCGGUCUUCAGAGCGUGCAUCUGUGUUGGGAGAGUGGGUGGGUUUUGGUAUUUGUAUUUGUAUUUAUUUUACUUAAUGAGGAUAUGACAAUCAUCAACUUCAUCACUGAUGAUCUUGUUUGCUUUUGGAUAUCAUAAAAAGACAUCAACUUGAAUUUCAGUCUAUUUCAUGAACUAAACAUGCUUUUUAGGACCGUACCUGCUAAAACAGGUUUUGGGAAAAUAUAUCAGGCCUUUUUAAAGUGGUUCCAAACACGUUAAAGACUUGUUCAGAAAAUAUUGCAAAGGUAAACUGAGUUCAAGAUAAUUUCUUUCAUGCUCAUAAAUUUUCUGAUUAUAUGUCUUAUUUGUUUUAGUCUCAUUACAGUCGGUGUGUCCUUAUGCAAUCUCUAGUGACCUAGUUCCCAUCCAACACAGCCACCAGUGCCAGUGUGUUUAUAUAAUCUCCAUGAUAGGAUAUUGUAUGUAAGGUCACCACGUUCAGGGUUCCCCACAAGGCUCAGCAGACUCUUAUCCUCCUCUCUGAACAAACAGCUGCAGAAAUGAUCCAGUUUCAUCCAGACGUAGCUUUCAGCUCAAAGCGAGCGCUGAUACCCUCCUCUCCUCAUGUGCCCUUUACUUACUAAACAUUAAACCACACAGGACCCAUUCUCUUAUAAACUUCACUACAUGCCUCCUGAACAUAAUUAGUAAUGUAAUGUUGAAGACGCUCAGCGGGAUGUUUGGAUAGUUUGAGCUUCGGUCAGCAGGUUCGGGUUCCUCUGGUUGUGUAAUAAGACGCAGAAUGCUGCAGCUGCAAAAACCCAAAACGACAAACCGUGGAACCAUUUACCAGGAUGUGGUCAAUGAUUUUCUAGCACAAGUUUGACUCUUGAGAGUUUUUUUAGGUAGGAACAAGAGUUUGUGUUUGAUUAGGGUUUUCCUGGGUUCAAUCCAAGGGCGCAUGGGGGGGAAACAUUAAGUCCAGCUGCUCAGGAGGGGGUUAGAGAGUACAGACUGAACAUCAUUUUAUCUACUUUGUUUAUUUUCUAACCAGGACAGUUAGUGGAGUGAAUUAAAUCCAAUCUAAUAUAAAUAUUUGUCUACUUGUAGUCUUACAGGUCAAUUUGUAACCACGAAACUGUGUAAAAAGUAACACUGACAACCUGCGCCAAAAAUAACACCCUUCAAAAGCAGCUAAAAAACAACUUCAGGCAGAGAGUGCACAGUCCUGAAAUGAGGGUUUUCUCAGACCCCAGCCCAAGAUAAUUAAGGUUUUUAAGCUGCAAAUCAUGCUCAGCUUCUCUACAUGUGUCCCAGACUGAUAUAGUGAGCUACACAAAAACCCACCAGCCGUGUUGACACCCAGAGAGGAUGAAAGUUCAAAGGCUCUGUGACCCACUGAGCUACAAACCUGUCCGUGUUACAUCAACGAAAUCCAGCUUUGACCGGUCUGAUGACAAACAUGAACCAGGCAGCAAAAACCUGACGAGAAACGGUUUUAUAAUUACUGAUAAAAAAGUGAGUUUCUGUAUUUUUUACUCAGUGAAUCUAAGUUUUUCUGUCUUUUGUCUCCAGGUUUGGACUGCAGCCACUAAGUCAACUCUUAAUGCCAUAGAGGGUUGUCUUUUUAACACCCAAGAUGGCUUUGAGUUCCUUCGACAUCGACGCCCCACGAUGGGACCAGACGACGUUUAUGGGCCGACUGAAACACUUCUUCAACAUCACGGACUGCACAACGGCGCUCUUACCCGACUCCCGCCUGGACGAGGCCAAAGCUUUGGUGGAAAGCUGCAGGUAAGAAACACUAAAGGUUAAAACAAAGAGUAGACACUGUCACACACGGACUGGAUCCUACAUUAAGACUCCUCAUACUGUGAUGGACGUAAUAUCUGUGAUUGUGUUCUGCAGGGCGGGAUCCAUCCCUCCAGGCACCACAGAGGAGCAGCUCCACUACGCCAAAAAGCUGUACGACUCGGCCUUCCACCCGGACACAGGAGACCGUAUGAACCUGAUCGGCCGCAUGUCGUUCCAGGUCCCCGGAGGCAUGGCCAUCACGGGCUGCAUGCUGCAGUUCUACAGGUACAGAAGACGAGCUCGCACGCAGGAAACGUCUCUGUGUCGAGGGGACGCUCUGAAGGUCUCAUAACUGUGUGUUUGUAGGACCGUUCCUGCUGUGGUGUUCUGGCAGUGGGUCAAUCAGUCCUUCAACGCUCUGGUGAACUACACAAACCGAAACGCCGCCUCCCCCAUCACUCCAAAGUAAGAAGCUGCUGAUAAUGUUAGGUUUUUGGAGUAGAUUGUGUGUGGACCUAAAAUCCUGCUGAGCUUUUGUUAUUUUGAGAAAAAAAUCAGGCAGACUGCGAAGUUAUGGGUGUUUUUUAUGACGGAGGAUUAGGGCCACAUUAAGAAAGAAAAAAAAUAGGACUUCAAGAUUCAAGUCAUUACUAAUGAGAAUAAAGUCGUAAAGUAAAUAAAGUCUUAAAUCUGCUUUUGUGGAAAAGUUGCAUUUCUUGCUUAUGUCCUGAUACUUAUGACAAUAUGAUGCUGAAAAGCCGAAAUAUUUAUCUCCUUGUUUGUGAAACCUAGCUACUAAAGUUCAAUUCAUCUAAAUGCUCCACAGCGCUCAUUUAAACAACUAACAACAGGUGAGAAUAGCUAUUAGCUACGACUUUAUUCUCAUAAGUAAUUAUUUUAUCACGACUUUAUUCUCGUGAGUAAUUACGAAGUCUUAAUUUUUUUUCUUAAUGUGGCCCAAAUACUCCGUCGUAGUUUUUCUCAUUGGGCGUACAACCAGUUAGCUUUAUGGAAACGUGUCUGUUGAUUGUUUUGGUUUGUGAUGUAACACAGCCCAAUAGUGACAAACUGAAAAGGGGGAAUAUCACCACCUACCGUAGCAGAGGUGGACAGACUAAAGUCAGUCAGUGGAUACUUGCCGAGUUCUCAUAAACUGCGACAGUAAUCCAGUUAAAUCUCUAAUCGAGUUAGACCUGCAGCUCGACUUAACUGUGAAUAUAAACAGUUACAAAUUAAUGUAAAAAUUCAACCUGCAAGUCGCUUUUUAAUGAAUAAAGGACACAGGGAUCAGAACCUGCUGUAGUUCACAGGUUUUAUAUUUUAGGGUUUUAUGUCACGGUUCUCCCCCGUCAGUGUGGAUGUUAAACAUUUAGAGUACGACCAGCAGGAGAUAUUUUCUAUUUCUGUCACACUAAUAUGAUCAUAAUCCUGAUCCCCUGAAUGUAAAAGGACUUUUAUUAUCCAUCCUCUGUGUCGUUGGAGGUCUGACGGCUCUGUGUCAUUUCUCUCAGGCAGAUCGGAGUCGCCUACGUUACAGCAACCAGCACAGCGUUAGCUACAGCAGUCGGACUCAACCUCUACACAAAGGUCGAGACUCAAAAACCGACUGUUUUACUCACUAUGUCCACCUUCUUCAUUGUGUUUACAUCCUGAAUUUAAAGUUUGGAUUGGAGAAAUGUUUCUGUUUCUAUAAUUUACCCUUUUUGUCUGCAGAAAGCUCCUCCUCUUGUGGCUCGCUGGGUCCCUUUCGCAGCGGUGGCAGCAGCUAACUGUGUGAACAUUCCCAUGAUGAGGCAGCAGUAAGUCCCACUGUGCUGCUGCAUGAAUUUAGAGUAAAUAUGUUUGUGAUUAUUUUAUAAGCUGAGGCAGCUUUCUAAACUCUCUGGGUGAGAACAAGGUGGUGUGUCUGCGCUUCAACCUUUAUGAUUUUGUCGAGCCUCUGUUGUGUAUCAGGGUCAAAUUCAGAUAAAAACAUAUCGACAAAGACUUUGCCUUAUUUCUUUAGCAAAGAGACUAAACACAACUCACCUACUCUCUUCCAGCAGCCACUUGUUAAUAGCGAGACCUCGGGCCAGUCCAUUAUGGACUGCUGCGGGGUGUCGCAGCUCAAGGAAGAACAUUUAAAGAGAUUUAAUGAGGUUAUUUAAGGGUCUUUUCUUUUUACCUUCAUUGUUGGUAAAAUGUCAUUGAAAUAUCUUAAAUAUUUUAACCAAAGUAUAAAAAAAUUUAGUGUAAAUCCUAGUUUUUUGGGGGGAUUUUCUGACUCUUAUCUGAUACUACUCACACCCCUGAUUUAUUUGUUUUUUUAUUAAAUUUUCUGUUUCUGUUUUUUUUUUUUUUGAUCAACUUUUUAUUUCAUUAAACUGAGAAAAGUAGAAACGUACAAGUCAAUUUUACAGCAAAGAAUGAUAAAAUAUAUAUUCACAUAUACCCAUACCUGUAAAAAAAUAUAUACAAAUAAAAUAAAAUAAAGUUAAAUAAAAUAAAAUAAUAUAAAAUACAAUAAAAUAUAACUACCCCAAACACAAACCACCCACCCCCCGAGGAUCCAGAUUUCAGAACCUCAAUCUUGUUUCUGUUUUUCAGGGAGAUUCUGAACGGUAUCGCUGUCACAGAUGAAAACGGCAACAAACUGGGUCACUCCACAGUAAGUACUGCAGACGCUGCAGCUUCCCUCUUCUUCUUCUUCUCUUCUUCUUCUACAGUCUUUCAAUCGUGUUUUAUUUUUCCUGCAGAGAGCAGCAGUGAAAGGCAUCACUCAGGUGGUCAUCUCUCGGAUCACGAUGGCUGCACCAGGAAUGAGUACGCAGCCAAUCCUCAUUGUAUAAAUAUCACACUGAGUCCUCCUCUUCUUCUUUUGACGCCUUUUUAAUUUCUCUUCAGUCAUCCUGCCCAUCAUCAUGCAGAGGCUGGAGAAGUACAGAUUCAUGCAGGUCAGACUCUUGAACCUCUAAAACCACCUUCCUGAAUGAGUCCCGAACGUAAAAAUAAUUAAGCUCUUUUGGUUUUUCUCCACAGAGGAUCACGUUUCUGCACGGACCCAUUCAAGUGAUGCUGGUUGGAGGAUUGUAAGUACUAAAGAGGCAGAGGGAUUCAUGUUUGCAAACUCAGGAGUGUUCAGAGGAUCAAAAUGUUGUUUUUUUGUCCUUUUUUACAGUUUGAUCUUCAUGGUGCCCGCCGCCUGCUCCCUGUUCCCUCAGAAAUGGUACGAACAUGUUUGAGUACUUCCAACUUCAACACAUGCUGAUUAUAAAGCUGAUCUAUUGCACCUGAAUGUUUUUGUCACACUCACUAUUGACAGUUUGUAAAGCAGGAUAACAAUUAUUUAACAUAAUUAAACAUGAGACAAGAUGAUUUCCAAAGGCUUCGCUUAAACUGUCCACAUCAUAUUUACUCUAACUAUAAAUCGAUAUACAGUCUUGGAACCACUGGCAGCCGAUGUCUGUCAUUAUCUACUGAUGAUACGUGCCUCAUUUUCCAUAAACUGUGUAUAUGACACCCCCUCGAGAGAUGAAUGUUGCCGACCGCUUGCUUCUCUAGUUAUACCAACUUUAGUAAUGACCGCAUGAUAGCAAUACACAGCGGUCUGAGGAGCCAGACCAUAACGGACUGCAGCGGGGUGACGCAGCUCAAGGAAGAACAUUUAUGAUCAUUUCUUUAUCAUUUCCUUGAAGUAAUAAUCAUCAUAUUAAUCAUUUUGCACUGCAGACACAGUAGUUCUUCUUCCUUAGCGUCUCAGUCUGAUUGUAUUUCCAUGAAGAAAUGAUCAUAAAUGUUCUUCCUUGAGCUGCGAAACUCCGCUGCAGUCUGUAAUGGACUGGCCUGAGGUCUUGCUACAAACAAGCUGUUGCUGGAAGAGAGUAGGUGAGUUGUGUUUAGUCUCUUUGCUAAAGAAAUUAAAGUUGAAAAGAUGUUUGAUGUCUGUGACCCUAUAUGUCCUGUUGAUGAAGUUAGGUGCUGUUCUGAGCAUUAUUUGUGGCUAUAGAGUGGCGUUUUGGUUGAGGUUUGUUUAUGGCUCCUCAGACUGCUGUGUAUCGCUAUCUUGUGGUCGUUUCUUCAGUUGGUUUAUCUAGACAAGCAAGCGGUCAUCAACAUUCAUCUCUGGAGGGAGUGUCUAACGCGGUGUUACGGUGUGUUUGACCCUAAACUAAUUUUACGCCGGAAUAUCCCUUUAACUCCAUCAUAUCUCAGUCCUGAAGUCCUCUCUCCAGGUCACAUUUUAACAGCAGACAGUCGUCCCUCUGGUUUACCAAACUCUGAUCGUAUUUCUUGACAGAUUUGUCUCUUGUAUCAAAGAACUGUUAGCUGCAGAUAUCUGUUUACAGAGAUAAAUCGCUGCUUAUUAGAUUAACACAAAUAGGAGGCAGGAUGUCGCAACCACAGACACUUUCAUCAGUAAAUACUGCAGUCUGAUACUGGUGUCUGGAUAAACUGGUAUUUAACUGCUGGACCAGAGUGAAGUAUAACCAGCGCAGGCAUGUGGACGUUUACCCAUACUGUUAGUCACGCUUAGCAGACAGAUGCAACAUCAAGACUUUAAAAAAUGAUUUAAUUAUGCUCAACUAUGACUGUUUUUUGCCUUUAGAUUAUUUGUUAAAUUGCAGUUAGGAAACCUCCAUAUUUACAGGAACACCAGUAAGAAUAGACGGGUAACAAUAGAACCUCUUUCUCUAAAAAAACAGCAUCUGAUUGAACAUGAUUUCAUGUUUAUUUUCUAUGACCUAAACAGUCUGACAAUAGCAAACAGUGAGUCACUUCUACAGGUUUUUAAAAGUGUGUAUUUUGCUCCUUUACUGCUGCUCACACUCCUCCAUGAGGUCCCAUGGUGGUCCGCUGUUUCUUCAACCUCUCAGUAACGUUCCAGACCGUUUGUUUGGUCUGAAGUAUUCAGCUCAAGCAAACAAACCAGGAGUAGUUUGUUUAACCAUGAUUCUUUAUUCUCCUCUUCCACCCCUCUCUCAUUUUCUUCUUGUCUUUUUUUUUUUUUUUUUAGCUCUAUGGCCGUCUCGAAGCUGGAACCUGAGCUCAGAGAGUCCAUCAAGUCCAAGUACGGAGACAAAAUACAACACGUCUACUUCAACAAAGGCUUGUGAGCCUUAAACAGCCGAAUAGCUUUAUCAAAUCAACACUUAAGACGCAUUAGUUAAGCUAUUAUGUAGUCUGUCCUCAGUUUUUCUAGAGUCAUGGUGAAAUGUCUAUCUUCUCAUCAGUACUUUGAUAAAUCUUGCCAAUUUUUUAUCUGCUUCUCUUUCUUCGGUUCAGAUUCUCUCUAUCCUCUUACUUUUCACGGGGUGCUGUGUCCUCCUGUUGAGAAACCAAAUGAUCUCGCCUCAGGAACAGGGCAUUAUUUUUACUGAUAACUCUGUUACCUUGCCCUUGACGGUGUGAGACCUCUGUAGUUUUUCUCAUUGGUGGUUCUUUUGUGUCUUAAAAUGCUCUUAAAACAAACUUCCUUACUAUCUGUGCCUUUUGCAAAGUGGCCAGAGAAACAUCUCUGCUGGAUUUUCUUUAUUUUUUAAAAACUAAUAUUGUCUCCACUGUGAAACCAGAGAGUAUGUUCUAUGCAUGGGUUAACAUAGAGAGUGGUAUUCAGCAUGAUAAAGGUGGAGGAUACUGCCCUCUACUGUCAAAACUGAGGUAAAUGUUUGAUGACUUACUGGCACUAUCAUCCUGAGUUUCUAGAUGAAUCUUUCAACUGUGCCAACUCAGACUUGUGCCACAAAACUCAGUAUGUGCUGGAAUAAAAUGACACGAGUACCUGAUACAGUU